UCUAACAUAAUUUUCUUUUUCUAUUAGAUUGUAGAGGGAAUGAAGAAGAAUAAAUGGAGUAUUGAAAAUAUUGCCUUUGGAUCUGGUGGAGCUUUGUUGCAGAAGCUAACUAGAGAUCUCUUAAACUGUUCCUUCAAAUGUAGCUACGUGGUAACCAACGGUCUUGGGGUAAAUGUCUUCAAGGAUCCAGUAGCUGAUCCAAACAAAAGGUCAAAGAAAGGCCGACUGUCUUUGCAUAGGACACCUGCUGGAGAUUUUGUGACACUUGAAGAAGGAAAGGGAGAUCUUGAAGAGUAUGGGCAGGUAUGAAUUUUCAAGGCUUAUUACAUUGUUCUUCA